AUGUCUGGGGGCUGGAACACCAUUGAAUCGGAUGCUGGUGUUUUUACCUAUCUGGUGGAGAAUCUCGGCGUCAAGAAUGUACAAUUUGAAGAGAUGAUAUCUUUGGAUGCAUAUUCCCUCAAGCAACAAAGUCCCGUAUAUGGUGUAAUCUUCCUGUUCAAAUACCCGGUAGGUGAGAAGAAAACGGAUGAGGCUGUCGAUGGGCAAUACGAUUUCGAAGCUUCCGAAAACAUCUUCUUUGCGAACCAGACCAUUCAAAAUGCAUGUGCAACACAAGCUAUUCUAUCAGUUUUACUGAAUAGAGGAGAUCUUCAAGUUGGAGAUUCACUAAGGGACUUUCGAGAAUUCACACAAGCGUUCCCUGCAGAGUUGCGUGGGGAAGCUCUAUCAAACUCAGAAUUAAUUCGCGACGUUCAUAAUUCAUUUGCUCGAUCAAGUCCCUUCAUUGAUGAGGGCACACGUGCUGCAACCGAGGACGACGAUGUUUACCACUUUAUCGCAUAUACACCCGUCAACGGUGUUUUAUAUGAGCUCGACGGACUACAACCGUCUCCAAUUUCCCACGGAUCUUGUAGCGAUUCGGAAUUUUGCGACAAGAUCAUCCCUGUUCUACAGCGUAGGAUUAAUAGGUAUCCUGCCACAGAAAUCCGCUUCAAUUUGCUUGCCAUGAUCCAGGAUCCGAGAAUUAGAGCUUCGGAGAUUGGGGACGUAGAGACAGUAACAAGGGAGGAUGAUAAAAGGAAGAUGUGGACUUGGGAGAACGAGCUCAGGAGACACAAUUUUGUCGGAUUUACUCAUGAGGUACUGAAAAACGUUGUCGCUUCGAAUUUGAAGGAAGGGAAAUACGACGAAUGGUUGAAUGGAGCCAAGGAGAAGGCUAAACAGCGAAUGGAGGAGCGCAUCAAGAAAGGAAAAAAGGGAGAGGACAUUGAUGAAUAG